CCUACUAUGAAGCUUACUAUUUUCACAGAGCUAUUGCCAGCCCUCCUGUUCCUGCUGUCUGCUGCCACAGCAGAUGACGAGCGGGUAUUCGGUGGGAAGCCAUGUCCCCCCCAUUCACAACCAUGGCAAGCAGCUCUAUUUUCUGGCUUUUCCCUGAAAUGCGGUGGGACUUUGAUCCAUAAGUCCUGGGUGCUAAGUGCUGCCCAUUGUAAAAUGAGAAGGCCUUUUUUUAUCCGCCUUGGAGAGCACAACCUCAAACGUCUGGACUGGUCUGAACAGAUCAAAAUCGCCUACAAAGUCAUCGUACACCCUGGCUACGACCCACAAACGAAGAACAACGACCUCAUGCUGGUCAAACUUCUGCUUCCUGCGUGCAUCAACAACAAAGUCCAAACUCUGGCCUUGCCCACCAGCUGCCCUGUGCCUGGGACAGAAUGCCUCGUGUCAGGGUGGGGCACGACAACAAGCCCCCAAGUGAAUAUGCCCAAUGACUUGCAUUGUGCAAACAUCUCUAUUGUCGAUCAUCGAGUCUGUCGAUCCAUCUACCCUAGUUACAUCACCGAGAACAUGGUAUGUGCUGGAAGGAUGCAAGGUGGUGCAGAUUCUUGUCAGGGUGACUCAGGUGGUCCCCUUGUCUGCAACGGAAAACUGCAAGGGAUUGUGUCCUGGGGUCCCCCGAUAUGUGCACAACCCAAUAGACCAGGAGUCUAUGUAAAUGUCUGCAAAUAUGUGGACUGGAUCCAAGAAACUAUCCGCAACAAUUGAUGAUUGGGUGCCUCAGGAGAUCCUGAAAGAACUUUGGGCAGGCUGGGGAUAGGA